AGACAUUCAGUUAUCCAUCGGUCCAUCUUCAUGGGUGAGCUGGAGCCUGGUGAGAGGUGGGGUCGCCAGCCAAUCACAGGACACAUAUAGACAAACAGCCAUUCACACUCAGAUUCACACCUACUGUAUAGACAAUUUAGAGUCUCCAGUUAACCUAACAUGCAUGUACAGUAUACUCCUCAUACGUGCCAAGAGAGACACAUCUCCAGACUGUGAGGUGCAUGUUCUAACCACAAAGCCACCGUCUUACAAAAAAAUUGUAAUUGCAAUGCAGUUUGAAUAUUUCAUCUGCAAAGCACUAAAUUGUUUAAAAUCAUUGUGAGGUCACAAUAUCCUUAACUCAUUCAAUUUCAGCCAUUUUUCAACCCCUUCAGUACCGGCCAUUUCAAGAUUAUUAUUUUUUUUUACUGAUUUUUCAGGGCAUACAGGGUUUUUAUACAUCAAAAUAACUAUUUACAAAUAUACCAUUAUUAAUAUACUAUUGGAACUAAUCUGUCAAUACGUCUCUGGGAGCGAGCGUUCGGGUUUAAAAAACGUAUAAAUACGUCUUAGGAAUUGAAAAAAAUGGUACGAGGAAACUACAUUUACAAUUAAUUAUGCCGUGAGUGAACGUGAUCCCACUUUGAGGGUGGUGGACACAUUUCGUAUCUAAUCCAACUUUUUCUCUUACCAUAUUUACAUUUUCAUUCUGAUGUAGUUUUGAUUGUGCAUUAAAGCUUGAUUAAAAAGACAAGCUUCAAAUAUAUAAGUCAAUAUUUGUUAUUGUACAGUGUACACUAUUAAUAUACUAUAAAACUGUAUUAAUUAAUGUGAACGUAUAUGCUGUACAUUCGUCUCUUAUUUUCUGUUUGUAUUCAAAUACAUUUCUUUACAUGCCGGCAGAUGGGCGGUGUCGUUAUUCGCGGAACUGCACCGCACGUUGGGCGAGUGGGUGUGCCUAAAGUCCGGGCAACUUGGAAUAAAAAUCAAACAGCCAAGAUAACACGUCAUUCACAAGGGACUUCUUGCAAUUCGAGUUAUGUCAUAAAGAUGGCAGUUGUACGAGAAAAGGAAUAACCUUUAAGUUUUUAUCCAUAACCCAUAUUUGCCGAUUUAAUGGGUUGGCAUAAGAAAAACGGAAUGGAGCAGUCCAAAAGCUCAACCUUCGUCUCACUAACUGAUUGUGUUAAAGUCAUGAGACCAAGAAACUGAAGACAAUUUGCAUCAUGGGCAGGAUCAGCUUUUCCUGCCUUUUCCCAGCGUCCUGGCAUUUCAGUCUGUCGUCCCAAAUGCUUCCUCGGCUCUUGCUACCUUCAGUCAGGCAGCUGCUUUUUGUAGGGCUGCUCCUCUUCCUUUUGGUAGCACUUUACCUGUUUGUUGUCACUGGAAAGUUGCCUGCCAGCUGGAUCACAAAGGAAAACCACUUUCACAGGCACCUGGCUCGGGUAACUGAUGUGGAUGCAACAGACGCAAGCAAUCCCAACCUAAACUAUGGGUUGGUCGUGGAUUGUGGCAGCAGCGGCUCCCGGGUGUAUGUGUACUGCUGGCCAAGACACAACGGCAAUCCCCAUGAACUGCUGGACAUUCGGCAAAUGAGAGAUCAAAAUCGGAAGUCUCUGGUCAUGAAGAUCAAGCCAGGAAUUUCUGAAUUGGCUAAAACACCAGAGAAAGCCAGUGACUACAUAUAUCCUCUGUUGAGCUUUGCAGCUGAACAUGUUCCCAAAGACAAACACAUAGAAACCCCCCUCUAUAUUCUAUGCACAGCUGGAAUGAGAAUUCUGCCUGACAGUCAGCAGGAGGCUAUUUUGGAAGACCUUCGAACAGACAUCCCGGUCCACUUCAACUUCCUGUUCUCAGAUUCCCAUGUGGAAGUGAUUUCUGGAAAACAGGAGGGUGUUUAUGCAUGGAUUGGCAUAAACUUUGUCCUUGGAAGGUUUACCCAUGCACACAAUGAUGGGGAAGCUGUCAUAGAGGUCAAUGUCCCAGGCAAUGAUCAACAGGAGGCACUGGUGAGAAAAAGGACUGCUGGUGUUUUGGACAUGGGCGGAGCUUCCACACAGAUUGCAUUUGAAGUGCCCAAAACCGUGAGCUUUACCUCUCCACAGCAGGAGGAAAUUGCCAAAAACCUACUAGCAGAGUUUAAUUUGGGGUGCGAUGCUCAUCGUACUGACCAUGUGUACCGUGUGUAUGUGUCUACCUUCCUGGGUUUUGGAGGAAACACUGCACAUCAAAGAUACGAGGAGAGCCUCAUCAGAAGCACUGCCACUCGAAAUAAGCUGUUAGGUCAGCAUAUAGGGGAGACUGCAGAGUUCCCCCUCCUGGACCCAUGUCUGCCCACAGACCUGCAGGAUGAGAUUGGUUUCUCUCCACAGAAGGUCCAUCUGCGAGGCACUGGGGACUUUGACCAGUGCAGACAGAGUUUACAACCUUUCCUCAAUCGCACAAAUGAUACUCAAACCUCUCUGAGUGGCAUCUACCAGCCGGCCAUUGAUUUCAGCAACAGCCAGUUCUUUGGCUUCUCUGAGUUCUACUAUUGCACCGAGGACGUGCUACGCAUAGGCGGAGACUAUAAUGCUUCCAAAUAUGCUCAAGCUGCCAAGAGUUACUGCGCCACCCGGUGGAAGACUCUAAGGGAACGCUUUGAUUCUGGCCUGUAUGCCUCUCAUGCUGACCUCCAUAGACUCAAGAACCAGUGUUUUAAAUCAGCAUGGAUGUAUGAAGUAUUGCAUUCAGGCUUCUCUUUUCCUACCGACUAUAAAAACCUGAAAACUGCCUUUUUGGUCUACGACAAAGAGGUGCAGUGGACUCUUGGUGCUAUUCUAUUCCGAACACGUUUUCUGCCUUUGAGGGACAUCCAACAAGAAAGUCUAAAAGGAGUGCAUGCUCACUGGCGGCACAGCUUCUCCUUUGUCAACAACCACUACUUAUUCCUAGUCUGCUUCUUCGUUGUCCUACUGUCUAUCAUUCUGUACUUACUGCGACUUCGCCGAAUACACAGGCGUGCUGCACAGCGCUGCUCGCCUUCCUCUGUACCGUGGCUGGAGAAUGGCCUUGGAUCACCGACACUCCCCAUCAAUCUAUAAAAUUUCACUCCUCUUCAAAAGUCCUCUUCACCACAAUGUGUUCAAGGGGUCUUGGACAGGAAGUUCCCUUGAGAGCCCUCACUCCCUUUAGCCUCACUGAGCCACAAAAGAGUCUGUGUUUUAACUUCCAUCUAUCUGUUUUCUAUGCCGCUGAUUCUAAUUAGGGUCAUGGGGGUAUGCUGGAGCCUAUCCCAGCUGACUUCGGGUGAGAGGCGGUCACCAGCCAAUCGCAGGGCACAUAUAGACAAGCAAUCAUUCACACCUAUGGACAAUUUAGAAUCGCCAAUUAACCUAACAUGCAUGUUUUUGGAAUGUGGGAGGAAACCGGAGUACCUGGAGAAAACCCACGCACACACAGAACAUGAACAUGCAAACUCCACACAGAAAUGCCCAACGGAGAUUCAAACCCGAUCUCCUGACCGUGUGCCCAACAUGCUAACCACUCAGAUGCCCUUGUUUUAACUUAUUUUGUUUAUGUCAAGUCAAAAAUGUGCUGACUUAAAACGGUCAUAUUUUCUUAUGAAAGAUAAAACUAUUCUUAACAAAAAUUCUGCAUAUUUUGUUUGUAGAUUUUUAUUUGAGCCUUUGCCUUCUUCUGCCAGUGGCAGGGCUACGGGGCAACCCCACAGGCCAUCCAGACGUUUCAGGUAUCAACUUAUUGCCACCCGUAUGUGAGUAAUGGUCUCACCUUGGCCAUUCCAAUGAAAAGUUUCUGGCUGCGCCACUGCUUUCUGCAUUUUUAAGAGCAUGUUAAAAGCACUUGUUCAUUCUGCAUAAGUACAACACAAAACAAUCUGUAUUUAGUGGCAGGAUAUAACGUCCAUGCUGUAUGUAAUGACCAACAAGUUGUUGCCAUACUCGUGCAAUACAUGUCUUGUCACUGGAGUCAUUUUAAACACUCCUCUGUCUGGACUGCCAUUAUAGCUCAUAGACCUGCUGACGUUCUUUUGUUUUGUUAUAACACUGAGCAUUGCUUGAUGGUGUGAGUAUUUAUAUUGUGCUUCAUUUUAAGAAGCUGUCAUGCGUGAUUUACAAAAUUGAUGUAGUGAAAUGAUUGCACAGUGUUGUCACAUUACAAUACAGUAAUAAAGCAUUUAUGGAUUGUGAUUUCCUUCCCUCAAAGUGUAAUCACGAUGUACCCUGUCAAUUUUCCACUAUAAGGUUACAGCAUGAGUCUCGUACUCAACAGUGAUGUGUAGCAUUCCUACUUUUAAGUGGAUUUCAAAGUGCUGUUACAAAUUCUUUUGAGAUAGCCCGGUGUUUCCGUAACCGGUCUUACAACUCGAAGGUUGGAACAUAGACUGUAUAACAAAACUCAAUUAAAACAUCAAGCAUGGUUGACACGCCCACAGUGA